CACCAAGAGGAUCAUAACAGGGACCUGUUUGAAUCUGUGACGCGCAGUAUGAACGUCCUCCUGAUGUUCCUCCUCUUUCUCAUCUCAGGUGAAGUUGGAGUAACUCAUGCAUUCUCUCAUGGUAAUGCCACUAUUAAUGGAAAUGCCGGCGGUGCGGUUUGUGUCUUCCCUUUUAAGUACGAGGACAUUUGGCACUCGAAAUGUACCAGCGUUGGGCAUGACAAGCCAUGGUGUGCAACCACCAAUGACUACACCAGGGAUGGGAGGUGGGGAGAAUGUACUGGCUUAGUUAAUCCCACCAUGAACGGAAAUGCUGCAGGAGAGGAGUGUUCUUUCCCUUUCGUUUAUAAGGACACAGCAUACUGGGAAUGCACCAGCGUUGCGCAUGACAAGCCAUGGUGUGCAACCACUGAUGACUACACCAGGGAUGGGAGGUGGGGAGAGUGUAUACGAACGGGUAAUCCCACUAUCAAUGGCAAUGCCGGCGGUGCGCUUUGUGUCUUCCCUUUUAAGUAUAAGGGCAUUUGGCACUCGAAAUGCACCAGCGUUCGGCAUGACAAGCCAUGGUGUGCAACCACCGAUGACUACACCAGGGAUGGGAGGUGGGGAGAAUGUACUGGCUUAGUUAAUCCCACCAUGAACGGAAAUGCUGCAGGAGAGGAGUGUUCUUUCCCUUUCGUUUAUAAGGACACAGCAUACUCGAAAUGCACCAGCGUUCGGCAUGACAAGCCAUGGUGUGCAACCACCAAUGACUACACCAGGGAUGGGAGGUGGGGAGAAUGUACUGGCUUAGUUAAUCCCACCAUGAACGGAAAUGCUGCAGGAGAGGAGUGUUCUUUCCCUUUCGUUUAUAAGGACACAGCAUACUGGGAAUGCACCAGCGUUGGGCAUGACAAGCCAUGGUGUGCAACCACUGAUGACUACACCAGGGAUGGGAGGUGGGGAGAGUGUAUACGAACGGUCACCCCUUUUUUACAGUGUAGUGAUGAAUGGAUGUAGAUCCCCAGCAUCACUCCUGCUGCAACAUGGCCACUCAUCAAAACACUCGCAACAAGGGACGGCGAAUACUACCGCAGAGCUUAAACUCCUGUCACUAUGGAUACCCACAAUGCUGCCAUGCCAACACAGUACAUCCUCCCUCUCUUUCCAAACUCCUAACUCAUAAACUCCUCUCUCACACAUUCUUUUUCUCUUUUUAAACUCCUCAUGUACUGCUCUCCCACUCUGCUCUCCCAAGGCUUCAAUAAAGCUGCCAGUUAUUCUGC